AUGUCUGCUCGUCGAGAAGCUCGGAAAUCCGACAAGUCUGAGGACUCAUGGACAGGCUCCCUAGCCAUUGCCAUGGAGAGAAGCCUCCAGCUGGAGGUGAAGCUGGAACAAGAAGCUAGAACCCCGCAAGAGGUUCUUCAUCGACUGCUUACGACCAGAUCCGCCAUAUCUACCGCUUCAUCUUUUGCUAGAAGACAGCAAGCAGCUAUUGGCACUAGGACCGAGUUCAGAGAGAUUGGAGUGGGCUCCAUAGGCAGAGUAUUCGAGCAACCAGGAACCCCAUGGGCGUUCAAAGUCCUCCUUCUUGACAACACCGCCAAAUUGUGGAACAACUACAUCAUGCAUCUCCGCAUCCAGCAAAGCUUCGAUACUCUGGGCGACGUCGCGGGCUUAGCUGAGGUGCCUCGGGUAGCAUGGUUUGCGAACAAAAGCUCAGUCUUCUGGGAAGAGAACCUGGAUCUAUUUCCAGAUAAAUCCACAUUCCCACGACGGGCAAGAGAGGUCAUGUGCAUGGAGCAUAUCUUCCCCUUACCUGAACAAAUUAGGCAUGCCAUAAUCGAUGUGUUCUGCAACCCGGUCAACGUUUCUACAGCAAAGACCGAACCUGCAAAUAAGGACUGCCUCGUCCGAAUUCUCUUGGGACGGAAGCGCUUCGGAUCGUCGCGGCCAGGAGGAAGCAUGUUCUUCUCGCUCAGGAACUACAAGUUCCAUCUUGACCAGCUCCAGGAGAUCGACCUAGAUGCCGAAGAGUACGCACUGAGCAUGGCAGAUACCCUUGCAGCCUUACACUGGCAUACCAAGAUUGAUGCUCUAGAUAUUGAGUUCGUACUGGGAAGUACUCCUCUUGAUCAACAAUCUGUGCGCCGCAUGCUACCUCUCAGAGAUGCGGAACGCCUUGUGCCUGGUUCUAGCACCUAUGAACGCAUAACAAACACCGGUCCCACUUUCAAGAAACGGAUUGUCAGCUUGUGGAUCCUGGAUUUCGACGCUUGUAGCCCUAUUAAUAUGGAUAUUUCAGGACUUGGACCCUCUGGUCUUUCUAUCUUUCUCGACCUGUUCUGUGUUUGA